UGUCGAAUUCUGACAUGAAAGAACGUUUCGAUCUAUGUAUGGCUUGAUUUUUUUUUUUUUUGCGAUUGAAUUUGACAGCAGCUUCUCUCAGUCAACGAGCGGACUGUUUCUUGCUCCAGCAUUAGUCGGACUGCCACAAACUUUCGGCCACUUCAGAAAUUUUGUCGUGCCUGGUUGCAACUGAGUUUGCCACCCUUCUCCUUUCCCCAAAAGUUGACCAUGUCGCUCACCAAGCAAUUACAAACUGUUCUAGACAAGAGGAGGGACAUACUGAAGUUAAGAAGGCUCGUUGUCAACCCUCCUGAUUCAAUCGACUUCUCUUCCAACGACUUUCUGGGACUUGCCCGGUCAAAGGACUUUCGAGACCGAUUCAUGACAGAAUUGCAAACCUUUGAACAUCCGCCUUUGGGAUCCACCGGAUCGCGAUGCUUGGAUGGCAACUCUCAGUAUGCCUUGGACUUGGAAGCACGUAUCGCAAAGUUCCAUCAUGCUGAAGCUGCUCUUUUGUUCAAUUCUGGAUUUGAUGCAAACUCAGGUGUCUUCAGCACUAUUCCUCAACCUGGCGACAUCAUUCUUUAUGACGAGCUAAUUCACGCUAGUGUGCAUGAAGGAAUGAAGCUCUCCCGCGCAGGAUCAAAGAUACCCUUCAAACACAACAGUGUGACUGAUCUUGAGUCAAAGAUUAUCGACAUCUGCUCUCAGGGUCAAACCAAACAGAAACGCCGAAACGUUUUUGUAGCGGUGGAAACGGUGUACUCCAUGGACGGCGACAUUCCUCCCCUAAAGGAAAUAAUCGCCAUGCUUCGAAAAUAUUGGAGGAAGGAUGAGAAUGGCUGGGUCAUUGUGGACGAGGCUCACGCGACGGGUGUUUUCGGAGAAAAUGGUCGUGGGGUAGUCUGCCAGGAAGGCCUGGAAGAUGAGAUCUUUGCCCGGGUACAUACCUUUGGAAAAGCCAUGGCUAGUAAUGGUGCUGCUGUGUUGGGCACCGAGACGCUCAAAAAUUAUUUGAUCAACUACGCGAGAUCCUUCAUCUAUACUACCUUCAUGGGUUUUAGCAGUCUUGCCAGUAUAAGUUGCGCAUACCAGAUGUUGGAACAAGGCGUAACCAGAGAGGCACAGCACCACGUUAUGGCUCUAGUUAGCCAUUUUAAAAACACUAUUCAUUUACCGCAUGGCCAUCUACUUCCAUCCACCAGCCCCAUACAAGGAAUCGUACUUGAUGGUAAUGAUAAAGUUCGAGCACUAGCUGAAUAUCUCAAAGCUCGGAAAUUCAACGUUAAACCCAUACUCUCGCCAACUGUACCAAAGGGAACUGAGCGCGUGCGAAUCUGCCUACACGGCGAUAAUACCAUAGACCAAAUCGAUGCUCUGGUGAAUGCCACCCAUCAAUACUUCCGCAACCCUACAAAGUCUACUACACACUUCUCUAGUUCUACGCCUAUCAUUGCCAGCAAACUGUAAUAUUACCGAAUCGUUUUGUAAAAUAUAGAUCUAUCAUCGAAUAAAAGUUACCAUGCCAAUUGUGAUAUGGACAGCA